AUGGCAGAAAAUAAUAGGAGAGAUGGUGACAUUGAGUUUUGGUUGCGCCAGCUAGAAGAUGGCGCCAUUUCUGAAGACGAUUUCGAAUCGGACGGUGACGAACUUGAUUUUUAUCCUACCCAACAAGAUUUACUAGAUGUUUUAGAAAAUGAUGAUGACGACGGUGAGGCUAGGUCUAAUGAUAAUAACGAAGAAAUUAUACCCGAUCCUCCUAUUGUAAUAGCGGAUGCUGUUCCUUCAAAUAAUAAUGAUGCACCGGUACAUUCUUUAGACAUUCAGAGGUUGAUAUGGAAAAACCAACCUCUGCCAUUCAACGAAAAUGCCAUAAAAUUUAAUGGAACUGAAGAAUACCCUGAAAGUUUGAUGAACCUUCAGACACCUUUCCAAUUUUUUUCCUACUUUUUUACUGAAGAAUUUCUUUCACAAUUUGUUACUGAAACAAAUAAUUAUGCUGUACAAAAUAAACCUGAUAGACCUGACGUUAUAACAUUAGGAGAACUGCGAAAAUAUCUGGGAAUCUUGAUUUAUAUGAGUGUCUACCACUAUCCAAGUGUACGUGGUUAUUGGGCUAACAAGCACGGGUUUGAGGCAAUUAUAAAAGCGAUGCCUGUCAAUAAAUUUGAAAAAAUAAGAAGAGUACUUCACUUCAACGAUAACAAUAAACACCUACCAAUAGAUCAUCCCCAGCAUGACCGACUUCACAAGCUACGCCCUGUAAUUGAACAUCUCAAUACCAAGUUCUCCAGCAUUCCAAUCAGUCAGCGCUUAUCCAUCGAUGAGCAAAUGUGUGCCACCAAGAUGGGCCAUUUUUUAAAACAAUACUUGCCUAAUAAACCCCAUAAAUGGGGUUUUAAAUUAUUUGUAUUGUGUUCUCUGACAGGUUUUGCUUAUCGCUUUAUAAUUUACGCUGGCAAAGAAAAAGAUGAUCGUUUGCCUAACGAGCCUGAUAUAGGGGUUGUAUCACAAACAGUGAUAAAACUUGCUAGAAUAAUUCCCAGACAUGCUAAUCACAUUAUAUACCAUGAUAAUUUCUAUACCACAUUGCCCUUGAUGUAUUAUUUUGCUAAAGAAGGAAUACAAUGUGUAGGAACUGUUCAAAGAAACCGCCUAGGUAAGAAAUGUAAAUUACCCUCAAAGCAGGAUGUAAUGAAAAAACAAGUGCCAAGAGGGUCGUAUGUGGAAUAUAUUACACAUAUUGAUGGGGUCGACAUGUCUUCAGUGAGCUGGAAAGAUAACAAACAAGUAGUUCUGCUCUCGACCUACGUAGGAGCUGAACCAAUACAGUCCAUCGAACGGUAUGACAAAACAGAAAAGAAAAAAAUAAUUAUAGACUGCCCAAAAAUAGUCAAAGAAUACAACGCCCAUAUGGGGGGCGUUGAUCUCAUGGAUUCAUUUUUGGGCAGAUAUAGAAUAAAAGUCAAGACCAGGAAAUGGUAUAUGAGGAUUUUUUACCACCUUUUAGAUUUAACUACAGGGUGGCGCAAUAGAACGUGCAUAUUGCAUCAUCUUUUUUCGCGGGGUAGAAAGUGCGCGGGCGGGGGGAGCCUGCAUCGUUGGGUAGGCGGGCUCAUGGAGUUUUAG